UACGUUGUCCUGACUUCCGUUCAUUUGCACCAAAUCCCACUCUCCCUAUAUUUAGCAACUUUCCAUCUCUCGCUCUCUCUCUCUCUCUCUCUCUCUCUUUACUCUCCCCAUAUCCCAAGCACAUUCCUCUUUCUUUCUCCUGAAACAAUAACCAUCUACAGGUUGGAAAUUGCAUGCAAAUAGUGGAGUGCACGUGACGAGGAGAUGAGUGUUCUGAUUGUUUGAGCAUAUUGAGUGUUGAUGUGAUUCGGGUGUUUUAGGAAUUGAGGAACAAGCACAUUCAAGGAGAAAACCCGAUUCAAAAUAUUUGUGUUAUUUGCAUUUGGGUGUUUUUGUUAGGUGGUAUGUUGUACAAGUUGUGAGACAUGGAAAUUGGUGAAAUUGGGUGAAAGCUAUGCUGGUAAGCUGGGUUCUGGCCACAUGUAAGCAAUGGGGUGAUGAAGUGUAUUCGAUCAUUUGGUGCGUGAGCAUUUACAAAGAUGAGCUUAGUGUUUGAAAUGGAUGCAAAAGAAGAUGCUGAAGGACACGAAGAAGGGGGUUUGUCCCCUAUUCAGGUUAUAUCUGAGGAGGCAUGCACAGUGGCAGGAGAAGCCCCCAAUAACUUGGCCAGUCCGAAUAUGCCGCCAUUGGCACCGGGGAAUGGGCAUAGGCGGACCCAAAGUGAUGUUUUGACCACCAAACACAGGCGCAGUCAUAGCUUUCAGAGAUUGAAAAACCAAAUGCAGAAGGCUUGGAGAUGGGGGACCAAUCAUGAUUCCCGGCUGGCUUUCAAUCCUGAGGUUUUGGCAAACCAAAAACGCCAGUGGUAUCAGCUUCACUCCAAAUCAAAGGGUCAUGUAAAUUAUCAGGAGCCAACUUCACUCUUUGAGCAUUUUAUAAUUGCGGGGCUUCAUCCAGAUACUAAUCUUAAAAAUGCCGAGGCAGCAUUCAUUAAAAGAAAGAGAUGGGAGACGGACAUGAUAAGCUAUGGAAUUACCGACCUUAAAUUACUGCAGCAGAAGGGACCUCCAGCCCCAAUAUUAGAACCUCAGGUACUUUUUAAAUAUCCUCCCGGGAAGAGGCUAGCAAUGCGUUUGAAAGAUUUAGCUUCCUUUUGUUUUCCUGGAGGUGUUAAGGCACGAUUAAUGGAGAAGACUCCAUCACUAAGUGACCUUAAUCAAAUUGUGUAUGGACAGGAGCAUUUAGGCAAAGAUGAUUUAGCAUUUAUCUUUUCACUCAAGGUAGCAGACAAUGCAACACUUUAUGGUAUUUGCCUACAUGUGUUGGAAAUAGUUCAGAGGCCUCCUGCUAUCUUAGGCAUCACAUCACCUCUUCCUCAUUCAUCUGAAGGACUCUUCCGUUUUUUGGUUUCUGCACCUCGGUGCUACUGUCUGUUAUCCAAAUAUCCUUUUUUUGAGUUACAUUACGAGAUGUUGAACAGUAUCAUUCAACAGGAGCGCCUGAGUCGAAUAACACAACUUGCUAAUGGAAUGAGCCUCAAUGACCAUGUCCCUUCAAUGCCCAAAAUAGAUGAUGAAAUGAAUAAUAAUGAGGAGUCCCCUGAGACAGAGUCUUUUGAUGAUUGGAUGAAUUCUGCAAUCCCUGUUGACAGUGCAAUAGCCCGUACAGCUGUUGCUGCAGGAAUUACACCUGAUGAUGAGACUUCAACUUCUUCACUCAAGAUAUGGGAACCACAGUCCCCGGAAAGUGCUUCUGCUAGUGAGGCUCCAGAUUUUAUUCAAGUACGCUAUUUAGAUAAGGAUGAUAGAAAGGAUUCACAAUGUUUUGAUGACUGUGGUUCCUCAGAAACUUCAGAAAGAAUAUAUGGAAGUCACACAAAUGGCCAUACUUCACGCGAGAGUCUUGGGAGUUCUGAAUCUCUAUUUAGAAAUUGUCAUACUUCUCCAGAAGUUGGGACAUCUUUCUCCUCCAGGAAUCGCACAUUGGAGCGUUUUGGGAGUUCUGAAUCUCUAUUCAGUCCAGCUAGAAGCAUGUCAGAGGAUGAUGAUGAUGACCUUUCCUCAACUUGUGAGCAAGAUUUUAGCGAUGACUUGAUAAUGGCAUGGGCUAGGGAGAAUAAAAACGAUUUGCUACAGAUUGUAUGUGGUUUUCAUGCUCUUCCUCUUCCCGAACGAGGAAGUGAGUUAGUUUUCCAACCUCUUGAACAUCUACAGGCAAUCCAGUAUAAUCGACCUCCAAUUGCUGCCCUUGGUUUUGAUGAAAAAAAUUUAGAUUCACCUGAAGAUCCGGGGGUUGAUGCAAAGUUGGCUGCUGCUGAGGAAGCGCUUUCACUAUCACUGUGGACAACUGCUACAAUUUGCCGAGUUCUCUCUGUUGAAAGUAUUUUGGCAUUGGUUGCGGGAGUACUACUGGAAAAGCAAGUGAUAUUAGUAUGCCCUAAUCUGGGUGUUCUAUCAGCUACAGUGUUAUCUCUCAUACCCAUGAUUCGUCCAUUUCAAUGGCAGAGUUUAAUGCUUCCUGUUCUACCAGGGAAAAUGCUGGAUUUUCUUGAUGCCCCAGUUCCCUUCAUUAUUGGGAUAGAACAAGUUCCUGCAGAUCUAAGGAAGAAAACAUCAGAUCCUGUUGUAGUUAACAUGCUCAUGGAUCAGGUGAAACUGCCUCAUCACUUGCCAACAUUACCACGAUAUAGGGAUCUUGCCCUUGAACUCGCGCCAAUCCAUUCUAAACUGUCACUCGAAGGUUCAUUUGCUAAAAAGCAUCCUGUAUAUAGGUGCAACGAAGUGCAGGCUGAAGCUGCAGCCCAGUUUUUGAAAGUCAUGAAGAACUACAUUGAGUCACUUUGUUUAGAGCUAAGGUCUUACACCAUAACAAGUGUACAGUCAAAUAAUGACAGGGUUUCGUUACUUCUCAAAGAUAGCUUCAUUGAUUCCUUUCCUAGUAAGGACCGGUCAUUUAUCAAGUUGUUGGUAGACACACAAAUGUUCACAGUUCUAUCCGACUCUCGUCUGUCAAGCUUAGAGAAUGGCAGCCUUUAAGUUAAAUGCCGACCAUCAUGUCCAAACCUGUUACAACUUAAUGCACCAUUUUAAGAUUCCAAGUUGCAUUUCAACUAGUCAUCUCACGCGUAAUGGUUUUUAUCACUGUCAGCGAUGGCGAUGACAUGUUGGUGGAUCAUGAGGACAAGUGAAAGGGUAAUGGCUUCUGUCCCUGCUGUUCAUAACCUCUCAAGGAAUCCUGUUAACACAAUGAUUUGGAGCCCCACAUUUGCCAUCUGCUAAGAAAUCUUGUGGCAAAUACUCAAUUGCGUUUUGUCAGUCAUAGAUGCAAAUCAAUCCACACCAGUCUAUUUCAUAUUUUCGUCUCAGAAAUCUUGUAAAUGUAAAUAGAAAAAAUAUUGUAUCAAGAAACCUUUGUUCAUAGUAUCAGAGGAAAGAUGCACUUUCUCCUAAGUCACAUAUGUCUUAGCCUCUGAU